CCUCCCCCCCGCCGGUGGUAUCCACACACCGAGCAGAGACUCUCUGAAUGUCAGUCACUUUCAGCGAACAGACGGUAAUCCCCCACCUCAUCCACCCCACCCCUCUCCAAACAGCAGCAACCGGAGGCAGGAGGGGGCCAAACCACUCGGGACACCUGUACACCACCGGACGCCUCCCCUUCUGAUGCCUUUCACUUUCACUCCCAGAAUAAGCGGUGGAUUUACGCUUUAAACAGCGGAUUCACCCAGCAGCAGCUCGCAGGAGGUCCGCGGAUGGAAACGCGCUGUGAAGGCGGAGGUCUGCUGGUGUUCACGUAGCAGCGGCUGCAGGGUCGUGCCGCAUUGUCCGGCCGCUUCGAGAGACGCUCGGGGAGACGGGGAUGCUGCCGUCGUCAGUGAGUCACAGAUCGAGAGAGAAAGCGCGGAGCGGCUUUGACAUGGAGGCUCCCGGCUGUCGCUCAGGCCACCCGGAUCAGCAGCAGGUUGGUGCAGCCUGAAGCCCCGGCGGACGUCGCUUCAUCAUAUGCAUGCUGGGAAAUCAUAAUAAAGUUCAAAUCUUGUUAGAAAAAAAAAAUGAUUGCGUGCGUAAAAGUGAGUGGCCCAUAUGUAGAAAAUGCAUCACAGAAUGAGAGCAGCGGCGGCGUCUGUGCCAGUUCAGGGUGGAUUACGUGUUCAGAGCAGCAGGCCUCCAUCUGAAGUCAGCCACUGAUCACAAAACGCUCUCCGUCCACUUCCCUGCCCUGUUGCUAACCGAUUCCUCAGCUGGUUCGCCGGAAACCCCCGCGGAGGGACAGCUGUUGCAAACGAUGACUCACCUGCAGGCUGGGCUCUCUCCGGAGACCCUGGAGAAGGCCAAGGUGGAGCUGAAGGAAAACCCGGAGACUCUCCACCAGGACAUCCAGGAGGUCCGGGACAUGAUCAUCACCCGGCCGGACAUCGGCUUCCUCAGGACAGACGACGCCUUCAUCCUCAGAUUCCUCAGGGCGAGGAAAUUCAACCACUUUGAGGCGUUCCGGCUGCUGGCACAGUACUUCGAGUACAGGCAGCAGAACCUGGACAUGUUCAAGAACCUGAAGCCCACCGACCCGGGCAUCAAGCAGGCUCUGAAGGACGGCUUCCCGGGAGUCCUCUCCAAUCUGGACAAAUACGGCAGGAAGAUCCUGGUUCUGUUUGCAGCCAAUUGGGACCAGAGCAGAUACACGUUUGUGGACAUCCUGCGAGCCAUCCUGCUGUCUCUGGAGUCCAUGAUCGAAGACCCGGAGCUGCAGGUGAACGGCUUCAUCCUCAUCAUCGACUGGAGCAACUUCACCUUCAAGCAGGCCUCCAAGCUGACCCCCAGCAUGCUGCGGCUGGCCAUCGAGGGGCUGCAGGACAGUUUUCCUGCCAGAUUCGGAGGAAUCCACUUUGUGAACCAGCCCUGGUACAUCCACGCCCUCUACACGGUCAUCCGACCCUUCCUCAAAGACAAGACCAGGAAAAGGAUUUUCAUGCACGGUAACAACCUGAACAGCCUCCACCAGCUGAUCCACCCGGAGAUCCUGCCGUCAGAGCUGGGUGGGAUGAUGCCGCCGUACGAUAUGGGGACGUGGGCGCGCACGCUGCUGGACCACGCCUACGACGAGGAGACGGACUACUGCCCAGAGUCCUACACUCUGUCGGUGCAAGACCUGGAGAGAGACCUGGAGAAAAACAUGUCCCCCAAAACCAUGAAGAGGUCUCAGUCGGUGGUGGAGCCAGGAGUCCUGAAGAGACCGGACAAAGUGAAGAGUGAAGAAGACAACCUGCAGCCGCUGCUGUCGUUGGACUAAACGGCCAAAGUUACAGCGGAGAAGCAGAAAUAGAUCAAUAUUUCAAUUCCUAAGAACGUACCUGUGCACAUAUUGGAAGCAACUCUCAUCCUGCAGAAAGACGUUUCUUCAAACUAGAAAGCAGCAGGGACACGUCCAGAAACUGACGAGCUUCUGAUGGUCCUCUAUACACUAUAUUUAUUUAUGUAGUUUCAUGUCAAGUGCCAAUUCCAGAAACUGUAAAUAUGAAGUCUUUAAACAAUCCAGAGCGGAGCAGGGAAGGUGGUCUAAAGGCCGCGCGGAGCUGCGGAGGUAACGGUUCCCACGGUUACUACAGGCCGACGGAUGUGUGAAAACUGCAAAGCAUAUUUCAAAGAGGGCUUCAGGCCACAGCAGCAGGCUUUUUUAUAUCUUUGUGAAGAAAAACUCUGUACACGGACAAGAAGGGGGCCACAGAAAAACAGACCCUGCUUGUUUUCUUGUAAGAUUUUUCCGAUGACAAUAAUGUCUAAAAUUUCCGUCUCUCUCCAGUUAUCUUUUGGAAAAGCAAACCUCCCUUUACGGUAAGAGUUGUCUCUAUGAAUCAUCGGCUUUUUCCCCCCUUUCAGCCAUUUUCUCUCCAUCUGACCCAGAUGUCACAGAAAACUGCUCCGCUCCACCAUUAGAAGCCCCACAGAGCCUCAGGCUCUCCUCAGAAGAAGAAGUCGUAUUUUCAGAACCUAAUGAGUAUAGCCACUAAAAACAGGGCUAAAUAUAAUUUUAUAAAAGCAACGUUCUUUUGCUUUGUGGCACUUUUUGUGUUGCAAGGUGGGUAAUUUUUGGAUGAUAAUGUUCAUCCUAAAACAUAAAUAAAUCACUGAGUAGCUGCAGUUUAACUUUCACUUCAGGGUAAAGGUUUUUUCACUAUGUAAGAUUUAUAGAAAUAGAUGUUAUAGAGUGCACCAUUUCUUUUGCUUCUGCAGGAAAUCACUUGUACAUAAUGCAGCAAAUGGCUCUGCAGGUUUAUUGGCUCAUGUUAAAGAAAACAAACUAUUUACAGUUUUCAAUUUAAAAUUUGCAACCAAGCCACACAUCAGUUUAGCUUUCACUUUUACAAGUAUUUAUAUUUUUAAAUUUCUGUGUCUGGUUUCAAACAUGUCAACUAGUUCUCACUCUCCUAUUACAAAGUGUUAUAAUCAAUAAACAAUACUCCACUUAAGAGUUUAAUUUAAGACAGAUAUCCAUCUAUUUGGAGCAUUAUCACAUACAUAUUAUGAAUUAUUAGGGUCAUUAAGAAAGGAGCACAUUUCUGCCAAAACAAAACUUCAAAAUGUUCAACUUUUGACUUUCAAAAAGUUUCCAAACUUUUUCUAUCUGGUCCAAAUAAACCAUUGUGGAGAUCUGAGUUUUUUUUCAGAAUUAUUAUUUUUUUCUCUGAAUUCACAAUAUUAAAAUCAAAAUUCUGACAAAUAAAAGUAAAAAAAAAAAAAGAAUUCUGAGAAAAAUAAUCAUUCAUUAUUGUUUUGUGAUUCAGAAAACUCAAAAUGUCCCAAAAAACCCAAAUGACCUCUGGAUGUUUAGUUUUUAAAGAUGCUGAUCCUCGCGGUCCCUGCAGACCUGCAGACGGUCCAAACUGCAAUAAUGUGUCUCUCCUUAGUAAAUGUAGGUUAAAGACACAGACAAUAAUAAAUUAUGUCAAACUUUCUUUUUUUAACCAUGUAAACACAAUGAAAGAAAAAGUCAAACAUAUUCCAAACAGUUUGGACAUUUAUUUUCUGUAUAAAGACCUUUAAGUACUUAGAGUUUAGGUUAAAUUUUAUAUAUAGAGUACAGAUGUUAUAAUUAGUGAGAUUUUUUAUUUAAAUUGCUACUGCAUAUAUAAGAUAGAAGCUUUAACUCAGCAUUCGCUCCACCCUGUUUUUUUAUUUUUAGAGUUUAUUGAAAUGCAUCCGGCUCUGAUGGCGUUUGAUAAACGGCUGUUACAGUUUUCCCACAUCAGGUGAAUGAAGUGCAAAGCUUCGACCAGUGAAUGUCAGCAGCGUCUCUCCAGCUGGGGAACGGGCAGCCGGGCGGGUCCGGUGUGGUCCGCUCGGAGGCAGAGAGCCUCAGGGGUCCGGCUGAACGUGGAGCCGCAGCUGGGAUGUUCUGAGAGCAGCCAGGCCUCACAGACAGAAACCAGCCGCUCUGAGGCUCACACUGUCAUUCCCUGAAUUUAUAAUCAGUUUGUCCCUCUGAGCAAAAAGCUGCUCAAAAUUUGUAAUAAUUUGGCUCUGAUGGUUCCUGCAUAAAAAAAGAUUUGACGGUGUAUAAACAUUUCUUCCCUUUUUUAUAUUUUUUACAUAAAAUUGCAUAAAUUUGAGAUUAUAAUUUUCUUUCUGGUCCAUUUGAGUAAAUGUGAGGGUAACAUGCAGCAUAUCUUGAUGCAAAGAUUUACAGAAGGUCUAAAAGUUUCAUAUCUUUUUAACGCUACAUUUACUUCAAAUUCCUGUAAAAAAAAGUUUAUUUGUCAUUUCUUCCCCUAAAUUUGAAGUCCUUGAUUACAUGUUGGAUUAUUAAUUUGCCUCUACAGAAUCCCAAUCCUUGAUCCUCUGAGAUAUUAAAACUUUGGAGCUUCAGCAACCAAUACAGUCCUGCUUUCACCAGAGAUUUACAGAAAAUAAAUACAUUUUGGAAACCAUUUUCAUGACGUUAAGCAGCCAUUUUUAAAAAUGAGUCAUGCUGAAUUUGACUGGCUGCAUCACUGAGGAUGUGGCUGAAAUAUAAUAAUAGAAACUAGACUGACAACAACAACCAGGCUGAGUUUAGACAUGAAUACUGAUCAUUUAAAUAGUUUUUGAUCUGGACUUCAAUCUUCAUGCUUUCAAACUAACUGGUACAUCCACAUUUUAAGAGAUGUAGCUAAUAUUUUAAAAUUGACACUUUUUGGGCCAUGAGGAGUUUAAUCUGACUUAAUCAAAGUUUAUGCUUGGGGUAUAAAGUUUCUAUACACAACAUAAAUCUCCUCUAUAAAUUGUUAACAGUUUUGAAUGAAUUUAAGGAAGAAACACUAUAAAUUUAAACAGUUAACCUCAUUUCACCAGUAGUUUAAUUAUCCAGCCAAAUAUAUUCUAGUUUAAAAAGAGGAACACUGUUGCUGUUUUUGUUAAUAUUAGUCUAGUUUAUGUUUUUAAAAAAAAAGCAAAAUAAUCUCAAAAUGAACCAGGUCCACUAAAGGGCAAAAUUUGAAUCUGAGAAAAUGUAACAAUCCUUCACAGAAGCUACCAGGUGCUCAGACUUUAUUUUCUGCGUAUAAACAAAAACCUUGGAUGUAUUUUUUUAAGGUUAUCAAACAGCAUGGUGGGGGUCAGAGGUCAGGAGGUGUAAAGACAAACAGGGACACACACUCUCACACACUCUCACACAGCCACUGUAGAUGCUUCCAGUUGUUGGGAUUAAACGUUUACAUGAACUAAACAUGUACACUGCUUGAAUAUCGCUCCUCUCCGUGAACUCAGAGCCUCCUGCUGCUCCUCCGAAGGUUUCUAAGAUUAAAGUGAUAGAAGUGAAUUUCGCUGAUUGUUUUGUGCGACAGUAUUUAGCAGAUGGUUAUACAGAAGAUCUUUAAUUUUACAGCAAAAUGUUCUUUUCUGGUAAUUCCUCACUGAACAUUUAGUAUUUUUUGAUGUUUAUGUUGUCAGUAUUUUUAUGGAAAUUGCUAAUGUUUAUUAUAAAAGUGUCAGAUGUGUGCUUUUUAAACUGUAAGCAGUCCAAAAUAAGUUUCAUAUGUAAGAAAUUCAGCAUUUUGAAUGUUUUUCUACAUGAUGUUUGUCUUUCUUCCCAAAUUUUCAUCCGAAUUUUAAACCUUGAAAAAUAAUAAAUCUAAAAACCACCUAAGAUGCCAUCCUGGAGGUUCACAGAUCUUCAUACACAUUUACCAAAACAUUUUAAGCAUUUUUUAGAUCUUUACAACACAGUAUGUCAUAAAGAGUAACAGCAGUCUUUGAAAAGCUACGUUUUGUAAUUUAUUUUAUAGAAAAUUGUGCAGCUCAGCUUAUUUUCUCAUGAAAACAUGCAGCGUCGUCACAUUUAGUCACACCUGAAAAAGAUUUGUAUAAAUGACUAAAACUAACUUUAUAUUGCAAAAGCAAAAUCUGACAUUUUUCUGUCUGAUUUCAGAAUCAGAAUUAUCUGGCCAAAUUAAAAUCUGGCCACACAGAAUGGGAAAGAAGACGAUCUGUCCCAGUACAGCAGAUGUGUGUUUGUCUCCAUAAACCAGAAAAUGCUAUAGAAAUAGCUGAAGUUGGCCUACAGCUGCAAUUUGAGGGGAAAAAAACCAAACGUUUUUGUGCAGGGAUGAGGUGGUUUUCUCAUCGUAAUUAAUAUAUUUUAUAAAACUGCAAUGGAAACAUUUUUGGUUUUCCACACAAGUCAUGUGAUCAGCAACCAGAUGUUACUAUUGGUGGAAAAGACGAAGACGAAGACAGGAAAUAGUUGGAGGAUGAUGGAGUGGCGUAAUCUUUACUGACUUAUUGUAUUCACACUAUUGCAUAAUUAUUGAUAUUACACAAAAACACAAAGUUUUGAAUACAUUUGUAAUGAAAAUACAGCUGCUGUUUGUAAAACACAGGAACCUCCAUGAUGUAACUGAUGACGUGGUUUACAGCUGAUUUGGUGAUGAAACGGAAACAUCUUUUUUUUACUCAUGCUAAUCAGUAAACGAGACACAGCGCUGAAGUUUCACUUGUUUAAGUAUUUUUUAGCUCACCUUGUAUCGGUAGGUUUGUUCUCAGUGACAUCCAGUAAAUACUCCCAGCUUUCAGGAACCUGAAUUGAAUAACUUUUCACUGAUUUAAUCUUCUUUUUUAUGAUUUAAAGCGUCCAGCAGUGACAACUCUCUGCAUACAACCUGCUUAAUGAAGAUUUGGGAUUCAUUAAUCCGUUUUUAUUUCUUCUGCUCUCCAUCACGCUCUUGUUAUACAGUAUUUUGUAAUAAUCAAUAGUCUGUAAGCGGUUUAAUUCUCACUGACUUUGAAUUGUGUUAUGUCUCUGCCAAAGCCACUUGUUCCACUGGGAAUCUAAUGUAUUGUUUCUGAUCAUUAAGUAUUUGUGCACUGAUGACAUUGAAUGAUCUUUUCUUACUGAUUGGUAAUUUCUUGAGGAGAAAAGAAAUGAAUGCAUAAUUUUGAGUUUACUCACUUCUUCUUUUCUCAGUUUUUUGAUUGUAUAGUUGCAGUAGGAAAACCACACUGAAGCAGAAAUGUGAAGUUAUUAUGGAAAGCCAGUAUAUUAGAGGAGCAAAAACUGUCCAGUUAGCAGGUGUUCUGUGUGUAAAUGUCCUCAAAGACAAUUUGCUGAAAUGUAAAAUGAUCAAAAUAAAUAUGGACAUGCAGAUUUUCUCA